AUGCGUUUCGCUACUGGUAUCAUCACGGCCUGCGCCAUCCUUGGCUCCGUCAACGCCGGCAACAAAGUGCCUCGUACGGGCAAGAUCAUUAAGGCUGGGCCUAGUGUCGGUUCCGGCGCCGAAGAUUCUGUGUACGACGACGUUCCCGGCGUCAUCAAGUCGACCGAGCCUGCUCCGAGACCCGCCGCACCCGCCGCACCCGCCACACCCGCCGCCAGCAAGGCAGAACUCAACAGAUGGAUCAAGGACGCCAUGGCAGAGGCCAACGCCAUCGAGGUUGCCACCGAGCAAGAAGCCAAGCAACGCGAGAUCACCGAGAAACAGGAGGCUGACCGUGUCGCCCUCGAGGCACAGCAGGCCGCCGAGGCCAAGGAGGCCGCGUACCAGCAGCGCAAGGCCGCCGAGGAUGCCGCCAAGGACGCCGCAAAGGUCCAGAAGCUCGCCGGCGAGCUCCGCCGAGAAGAAGCGCCUCCAGAAGAUCAACAAGCAGCAGGAGAAGGACGUCACCUCCUGGGUCAAAGAAAGCCCUCGCCGACGCCCGAAAGAAGGAGAAGGAGGAGGAGCGCAAAGAUCCUCGAGGAGUCGCAGCGCCUGGACCGCCUCUAUUCUCGAGCGCAAGCGGCGCGAAGGUUGACGAGGGCUGCCGCAAGGCAGGCUGAGCGGCGAUGCCGAAGAACGAGCGCGAGCUACGACGGCGGCGAGGUCAACCACCCUGGCGUCAACCGCUACGUCAACGUUCCUCAGCCCAUGCCUGCUUACCAGCCCGCUCCGGUCGCGCCCGUCUACCAGCCAGCCCAGCCGGUUCAGCCGGCCUACGUGCCUCAGCCUGCUCCGGCCCCCAUCAUGGCCGCCCCUCAGGCUGUCCCCGUUGGUGUUCGCAGGGUCGGCGUGCCCUUCGGGUUUCCCGUCAGGAAUGUCCGCCGUGGCCUCAGCCCUGAAAAUGAGGAGUACGAGGCGAAGGGUGAGGCCUUGAAAACACCAAGCCCCAGAUACGUCUCCAAGCCUGUCAGGAAGAUGAUCUCGUUCAAGAACUCCGCUUUCAAGCCUGUCUCGACAGCCAAGCCGACCGAGGCAAAGGAUGCCCAGGCCAAGAUUCAAAAGGAGACUGUUGAGCAAAUCACCCGCUUGAUUAAGGCCAACUUCGAGUAA